CUCGGCUAUGAUCGGGCGGUUUGGAAGUGGCGAAUAGGUCACAGCACGGAAGUCGGUUCGUUUCUUUCGGGAUAGGCGGUUCAGUUCACCAGUCACUCACCAAUUCAACAUUCCAAAGGCCGGCUCUUCGAUCUCUGGGUAAUCGCUUAGCGACCACACAAACGUCACCAUGUACGCUUGCACUCGAUUCAUCGCACCCCUCGCCAGGUCGACCUUGGUCUCAGGAACCAAGAACUACAUCCGACCGCUGAGCAGCGCCGUGGUCAAUCAGAGUCAGUCUUUACAACAGAAUCAGAUCCAGAGCCCAGUCAGUAUCUCGCCGUUUGUGCGUAAUUUCCAAACAUCCACAAUCAGUCGGGACAUUGACUCGGCUGCAAAGUUUAUUGGUGCUGGAGCAGCCACCGUUGGCGUAGCUGGAUCUGGUGCCGGAAUUGGAUCGGUGUUCGGUUCUUUAAUCAUCGGUUACGCCAGGAAUCCAUCUCUGAAGCAGCAAUUAUUCUCGUACGCCAUUUUGGGUUUCGCCCUGUCCGAGGCCAUGGGUCUCUUCUGCCUUAUGAUGGCCUUCCUGCUCUUGUUCGCGUUCUAAGUCACCGGAAAUCGCAUAAUUGCCGAUAGUUUUAGUGCGUCAUUGCCAAGACAGCAUCUACUGGCUCUCAGGGGGAACGGCAGGAGCUGUCAUUGGUACUUGGGAGUACCAUGAAAUCAUUAGAGAUACUAGAGUACCCGGCCCGACGAGGUAUUUAGACGGUACGAACCAGAAACUGGUUGUCGAUCCAGAACCGUCCAAAAACCUCCUCGGAUCCCUUCAAUCGAUUCAUUUUUAAUCAUUUCAUGGUCUGCCGGGGUCUCAUGUAGCCGUAAUUCACACAUUGUUAUAAUUCAGUGUAAUUGAACGAAUAAGAACAUUAAUUGAAAGUUUAUUAAAAAAGAAAUAAACAGCCUUCAUACCCUGCAUAUGAUAUACCCAUAUACGCACUGUAUCCGUAUCUAUCGCGUUAAUAUCGAUGAAGUAGUACACUAUUGAACAUUUUUGUUACCAAAAUGAUUCAUCAUUGGUGUGAUGCCCACACGCGCACACUGUUUGUUGGAGGUAACUCGUGACCGAAGGGAAACUGUACAGUGAUAUCGAAUAAACACUAUUGUCGUGAAA